GGGUUCUCCCUCUGUGAUCAUCGCAUCCAGGGAGAGAGAGAGUGUGAGUGAGUGAGUGAGUGUGAGUGAGUAGUAAUGGCGGCCGGGUAGAUCCACACACAAACACCGCGUCCGCAAUUAGCUGCACUCACCGCAGCCCUUCGGGGGCAACCAGCCUCGCAUACCGCGGCGGAGCCAGCGCGAGAGACACGGAGCAGAGGAUUCAGGGGGUGCGGAAAUUCUUCAGCGGACCGUUUCUGCCCGGGACUUUCCUUCUACUUUUAUAAAAAAAACAAAAAAACAAAAAAACAUGGAUGAGCACCCCGGCGGAGGAGGGGUCGGAGCCCCACGACAGCCUCCACCGCCUCAGCAGCAACAGGGGAGCAACAGCAACGCUAAUCCGCCGAUCGGAGGUGGCGGCGGAGGAGUCAUGGUGCCACACCAGCCGGACGAGCUUCCCCGACCACAGCAACAGUACACCAUCCCCGGCAUCCUGCACUACAUCCAGCACGAGUGGGCCCGGUUCGAGAUGGAGAGGGCACACUGGGAAGUGGAGAGGGCCGAGCUCCAGGCGAGGAUAGCGUUCCUGCAGGGGGAGAGGAAAGGUCAGGAGAACCUGAAGAACGACCUGGUUAGAAGAAUAAAAAUGUUAGAAUACGCAUUAAAACAGGAAAGAGCAAAAUAUCACAAGUUAAAAUAUGGAACAGAGUUAAAUCAAGGGGAGAUGAAGAUGCCAAGCUUUGAAUCAGACACCAAAGACUCAGAGGUCUCUGCUGUUCCUGCCAACAGUCAGCUCACCUGGAAACAAGGCAGACAACUGCUGAGACAGUACCUGCAGGAAGUGGGAUACACAGACACCAUCCUGGACGUUCGUACUCAGAGGGUUCGCUCUCUGCUCGGCCUGUCGGCUUCUGAGCAGAACGGAUCCGUGGAGAACAAGAACCUUCAGCACCUGAUCAACGGGACGGAGCGGCGCAAGGACAGCAAGAGGAGUCCAGGCGACGUUCUGGAGACGUUCAACUUCCUGGAGAACACAGAGGACAGCGAUGAAGAAGAGGAUGAGGAGGGAGACCUGAUUGACGACAUCAGCACUGACAAACAUCAUCGAGUCAAGAAACACAAGACCAAGGUGGGGAAUGAGGGCUUGGCGUCGGAGGACGACGCUGACACGGAGGAGGCUCUGAAGGAGUUUGACUUCCUGGUGACGGCGGAGGACGGAGAGGGAGCCGGGGAGGCCCGGAGCUCUGGGGACGGGACAGAGUGGGCUGAGCCUCUACCGUUUCCCCCCGGUGGGGGGAAGUCCUUCCUGCUGGGGGGGUCAGACGAUGUGUUGGAGAGCGUGCUGGGUUUGGGCGACCUCGCCGACCUCACCGUCACCAACGACGAGACAGACUACAGCUACGACCUGCCAUCCAGUAAGGAGUCUUCGUUCAGGAAGACGUGGAAUCCGAAGUACACGCUGCGGAGCCACUUCGACGGCGUCCGAGCGCUGGCCUUCCACCCCGUCGAACCGUGUCUGGUCACCGUGUCCGAGGACCACACGCUCAAACUGUGGAACCUCACCAAGACCGUCCCUGCCAAAAAAAGUGCCUCUUUUGAUGUGGAACCUGUCUACACAUUCAGAGCUCACAUUGGUCCAGUGCUGUCAUUGGCGAUGACCUCCAGUGGUGAACAGUGUUUCAGUGGAGGUAUUGACUCAACCAUCCAGUGGUGGAACAUCCCCAGCUCUAAUGUGGACCCCUACGACACCUAUGAUCCCAGCGUCCUGGCGGGGUCGUGGACAGGGCAUACUGACGCUGUGUGGGGAUUGGCUUACAGCGGCAUCAAGAACCGCCUCCUGUCCUGCUCGGCCGACGGAACGGUCAAACUGUGGAACCCGACGGAGAAGAAUCCCUGCAUCAGCACUUUCAACACGAACAAGGAGCACGGUGUCCCCACGGCGGUGGACUUCAACGGUUGUGACCCUGCCCACAUGGUGGCGUCGUUUAACAGCGGAGACGUGGUGGUGUACAACCUGGAGACUUCCCAGAAAGCACUGGUGCUGAAGGGGCAGGGAGAAGGCACUCAGCCAGGGUGCAGUCAUAUCAAUAAGGUGGUCAGUCAUCCCACGCUGCCCGUCACCAUCACCGCCCACGAAGACAGACACAUCAAAUUCUACGACAACAAGUCAGGUAAAGUGAUCCAUGCCAUGGUGGCUCACCUGGACGCAGUGACCAGUCUGGCUGUGGAUCCUAAUGGGAUCUACCUGAUGUCUGGAAGUCAUGACUGCUCCCUGCGUCUGUGGAACCUGGACAGUAAAACGUGCGUCCAGGAGAUCACAGCUCAUCGAAAGAAGAGCGAGGAGGCCAUCUACGACGUGGCCUUCCACCCCUCCAAGGCCUACAUCGCCUCCGCCGGAGCCGACGCCCUCGCCAGGGUCUACGUGUAGUCGAGGAGGAGGGGAUGAGAGAGAAGAGGACCGCUUGGCAGGAGACACAGACAGACAGAGAGAGAGAGACAGGCUAGUCUGUUGACACAUUAGCAGUAUUCAGGUCUGUUCAGGUCUCUGAACACAGAAUAAAUACUAAUGAAAGACUAGAAGUGACGACAUGUCCAUCAGACUGACCACACACGCACACACGCACGCACACACGUCUGCAGGUCGACACUGAACAGUUCGCCUGUCCUGUGAUGUCCCCUCGUCGCCUGCAGUCCUGAUGACACUACAUGAAGCCCCUCCCCCCUCGUGUUGACACUAGUGUGACCUCAGCAGAGACCCACUUAAAGGAAAAAUCCCCCAGAAUCUGCGUGGAUGACAUCCCGUCCAGAUGUUUGUGAAACAUCAGCGAGCUUCGUUCUGUCUUUUUGGUUUGUUUUCACAACAGAAAUAACUAAGAGAUGAUCAGAUGUCACAGUUCAGCUUCCUGCUGUCCUCUGGUGUCCUCUGAUGUCCUCAGUGACAGUCUGGCCUUUCUGUCACACAAACCUCUGUGUCACCUGCCGUCAGUCCUUCCACUAGGUUUGGGCAUCAUCUGCCUUCAUUUGACAUCAGUGACAGGAAGUGGGGAACAGCAAAGGUCCCCAGCUGGACGCGGAGAAGCUGUCUUCACCUCGAAGCCCAGGGGACGCCGCAGCGUCUGCCAUCAGGCGUCGGUUCAGGCUAAAGCCUGAGAAUCACCGCUGAAGCUCAUUCGUUCCUCUGUGAAAGAACGUGAAUGUUGAGCUGGAGCCCCGCAGUGCAGGAGCGCUUUGUGUUUCCUCCUGAACGUCUCACAAACGUUACCGUGGCACCAGAAUGAGUGAGGUUUGAUUCUCUGCUGAUCGUCCGGUUGUUGGUGUGCCGGCCAAAGCGGAGGAAAUCGAACGCUGAACAGCAGCAGAACGUGAGGGGGAUUUUUCCUUUAAAGCUGCACAGAAAAAGAGAGUCAGCCGCCUUCAGCUAAGGAACAGAACGUUUGACGUUUUAACCCUGCGCUUUUAAGUUUUUAAAAACUAAACUCAAGAAUGACAACAAAAGAUUUUGACGUGCCUAAUUUUUUACAGUGUUUUUAAAGGAUACCAUUCAUUUUACUUCCUGUUAAAUGAAAGCGAACAUUAGGUGAACAACCACGUCGGGUUAAAAGUCAGAUUUUCUGUUGGCGUGCUGAUUGGAUGUCCGUCCAUAUGGGAACAGAGGAUUGGUUAAUACAUCCCCACCUCAGCCCCUGGUGGGCCAAUCGGAGCGCUACGUUUACAUCGCCGAGGUAACGAGCGAAGGAUUCAGACAUUACUGUAGUCGCGUGUGGACGUUUUCUGUUUGUGUAAAAUAAAUCUAGUUUUUAUAAUGGUUUUUAUGGAAACAUCUUGGCGCCGAGGAGGAUUCUGGUUCCUCAUCCUCGUCCAUCCUCUGAACACAUCACCUUCUACUUCCUGUUUCCUGUUGCACGAUGGCUCUCACACUACAUGUCUGUCUGGAACAUAAAGAUGGGGGUUCAGUGAAGAUGUCACCAAAUGCAGGAAGUGGAGGAGAGAGAGAGGAGCUGCCGAGCAGUGUUGAGACUCAGCCGAGGAGGAAGAGGAGGAUGUUAACGAGCUCUGAGAACAAAGUCUGUAUGUCAGCUUCAGACGAAUGGAUCGAAUCACAUCAUCUGCUCUCCUUUCAGCCUCACGCUGCAUUCAGGUCGCGUGUGAAAGAUGGUUUAUUUGUGUCCAGAGAUACGACACAAACACUGUGUUUCUAACCUGGACACACCCACCAAACUCUGCUUCAGUCAGUAAAUAAAACUGCCACUAACGAAAUGACGAACAGCAAAAACACAAACAGGUUCAUCAGCAAACAAAUUUCAAAUCAUUUUUCAAAAGCCGUUCUGGACGCUCAGUCACAGUAAAGAUGUGUGUCGGUGUGUGUUUGUUCACGCUUGUGCCUCAAACGCCACGUCCUGUUGACGCCGGCUGACGAGAGGCAUCCAAAUCAGAUUGUAGAGAAGAUGGCGAACGACACCUUCCGCUUUUUACUGUUUUUAUUAGCACGUGGACUUCGCAGUGUGGCCCCGCCCACCUUCACCCUGAGCGCACUUGUGACGAUCCAGGACACCCAAACACACCUGUACAGCACACGGAGUGUAGAGCUCAGGUGUGACAGCUGCACGUGCUGCCCGGAGGUAAACGCUGUUCGUCUCGUCUCAGCUUGACGAGUUACAGUUCAAGUUCAAACGAACCGAAGCUCGGACGUCUUGUUGUUGUCUGGGAAACCAACAGUUUUCAGUCUGAUGGUGGACGCCUCAGCGUUGAUGUCUGAUCCGAUAAACAGUUUGAAUGGGGAGGUCUCGGGUCUCCGUGUGACACUGAACUCUGUGCUUCUGUUGAACACGUGUUCACGUCUCCUACCUCAGAAACCAUCUUUAGCGCUCGUUAGCUGCCAGGUGUCGAUGGCUCGUUGAGGUACCAUCUGGCUGGAUGGAAAUGAAACAUUUUCCUGCUCCGUCAUGAGCUGAAACGGCGCGACUCGGCAUGCUGUGAACGAUUUUUUAAAAACUGAAUUCCGGAAAAGUUAAAGAAAUGAUGAUCUCCAUUAGUCAAAAAUAAAGGAGUUUGCAGGUUUCUGUAGGGAGCCAGAAGAAGGAAAUAAACAGUUUUAACAGUAACUUGCAUGUAAACUAAUCAAAAAUCAGUUCAGUAUCACUAAAUAUCUUCUUCCACCCCAGCAGUCUACAGUUCUAGGAGGCAUUUGGGUUUACAAGAGUCCCUGAAAGCAGCACAGUCUCUGUAAACAGAUGAUGAUGUUGCAGGUUUGAGGCUCCUCCUCCUCCUCUUGCUCCUCGUAUCACCGCAUGAGUUUGACUUCAUCACGGCUUCAACAAAAACUUCACUUCUAUCACCCUUUUGAGAAACUGCCCAAUCAGAGGCCUCCUGGAGCUUUAGAGAACAAAGCCGCCGCCUGAUUGGCUGGGGCUCUUGUCAUGUGGGAAGUUUUAAAUUGACGGUUGUGCUUUGUUUCUGUUUUGAUGUAAAGUUUUUAGCUGAAGGGAUUAUGAGGGGAGCAGCUGUUAAUCGAUCAAAAUAAACAAAUUUUUAUUUUCUUUUGUCCCACGCUACAACUUUACUGUGUAACUAAAGACUUCUGUUUGUGUACUGCAUGAUUAAUACAAUAAAAGUAUUUUUUCUAGUCUUCCGAAAAAGAAAAGUUCUGAUCAGUUUGCGAGUUUUGAUGAGUUUUGUAAGUUUUUUUUUUUUUUUGAUUUCCAAACUAUGAAACAGCAGAUUUUAAAGAUUGUACCACAUAGCAGAAUACAACUGUAUAUAAAAUGUCUAUAAUAACUAUUAAAUGGUGUACCUGUACA